AUGCCGCCCCUUGUGGACCUCGAAUUUGAGAAUUCGCUCGAAUGCCCGGUUUGCCGCAUCACGUUCGAUCGCCCGAUGCAGCUGAGCUGCGGCCAUACCCUGUGCGCCGGAUGCGCCGACAAUCUGUUGACCCACGAGCGUGAUGCCCAGCGUGAACGGGAGGGCCUUUUCGGGCACCGCAUGAUUCAGUGGCAGCGUGAUAUGUAUCGGAACAUGGACUUGCUGGGCAACCGUCGCGACAACAACAGAAAUGACGGCGUCCUGGAUGCGGCCGACUUGGCAAUGAUUGGCCUGGGCGGACGAUUCCCCUUGGGACGCGCCGGCGCUGCUCCGAUCCCAUUGGGUGUCAUGGAUCGCCCACCAAUUGAUGAGGCGGAUUGGGACAACGCGGUGCCUCCGUACGAUCAGCGUCCCGUUGACCGCAUCGCUUGCCCUGAGUGCCGCCAGCUCACUACCGUACCGGUCACCGGCCUUCCGGUCAAUUAUCGUCUGAUGCAAUUGAUCGACAGCAUUCGCCGUCUGGAGCGUGCCCAGGGUGCUCAGCAGCCCCCGGCUCCCGCCACCGGCUUCUCGUGCUCGCAGUGCAAGAGCGCGCUCCUGAACGACGUUUACUUCAUGUGCGGCCAGUGUCCCCAUUUUCGGAACAUCUGCGCCCUCUGCAUCGCACGUGAUCAUCGUCAGCACGAGCCGAUCACUGAACGGAAAGUGCUCACGGACGAUGAUGUCAAAACACUGCAGCAACGCGUCGAGCGCGAGACUCAACUCGCCAUGAUGGCACGCGAAGGAAUGUUUCUACAUCUCACCGGUCUGGAGGGUUGCAGCGAGGUUUUCAGGACGAACAUUGACCGCGACAUUGGCACGUUCAACCAAUUGAAAGUCGGACUGAGCAGCAUGAAUCGUAAUGCCACCUACGAACAGGCCGAGUCUUACGUCACCCUCAGCACCCGUGUUCGCGAGCUCAUGGAAAAGACGCGCCGCGAUCUGGAUAUCUUUCGCCGCGACAUGGACACGCAUCUGGAGCGGCUGAAACAACUCUACCAAGACAGCUUUGACAACAUCAUACAACAGGCCCCGUUUGAGGCUCCGGCUCCGAAUCCUGUCCCUGCUGUAGCCGAGCUACCGCCGGCUCUGGCUGUGGAUCUAAGGAACCAAUAUCGUAUGGCUGAGAUGCCUCCUGAUGCCCCUCCGCCUGCCCGAAUCUUCUUCGGCAUUCAGAUGAACCAGGAAGAGACCGACGAGAUGCUUGCUGAAGAAGCGCGCCAGCGUCUGCAGGUGCAUGGCAAUGAGACGUCGGAAGAACCGCCUGCUCGUCGCCGCCGCAAAAAUGAGCCGCGCGAGGUUGAAUACGUCGAGGUGGCCGACGACGACGUGGUGACGCAACGCGAGGGCACCCCACUGCCUUCGACCAGUCGCCCUCGACAGACCGCUGUGCCUGCCCGUGGUCGCCGUCGCCCAUCCACCCGCAAGCGCCCG